AUGCCAGUAUUAUGGUUUAAAACAGUUGGAUCGCGAAAACAAUCAACCGCUUCAGCGGAAUUUGAAAGAAAUGAAGAUUGUGGAGUGGAAAAGACAUCUCUAACUAAUGUGUCAGCUGACUGUAAGUCCAAGGAGGAGGAGAUGGAUACACAUGGAAGGCGAUUUUUGCGUUUUCUUAAAACUGGUAACAUAAAGAAAUCGAAAAAACAGAAAAUGGAUUUAAUCGCUGAUGAGGUAUCACCAUUUGAAGCAAUCAGAAACGCUUCAGAGAAACAUUCACAGUUUGCAAAAUAUUUAGCCUUGGAAAGUUCUACUAAUCUGAGUAUGACAUAUCUUCCAUCAACUGUUAAAAUGAGCUUACAGUGGCCUGAAGAAGAAAAGUCCAGUAAUUCUGAACCUGAAGAAAGAGAAAUUUUACCGUUUCAAACUAAUGAAAGUGUUAACACAUUGACUGGUGACUACGAGGACGACAGACACAAUAACAUCGUUGUACGACCUCCUAAAUAUGGUCAAAGAAUUCCAAGUACUACACAAUCAGAUAAUCUUUCAGAUAUGUCCACUGAGAGAAUAUCAAAGUUGUAUACAAAAAGUGAAAAAGUUUAUCCACCUACUCCUGUUGUCUGUAAAUCAGCAGUAGCUCUUCGUCAUCCACGGACACCUACAUUAGGAAGAGCCGCGCUUUUUGUCCGUGCUUCAUAUACGAGUAUAGAUAAGUCAGCAGCAGCAUCUAAUAUGACACUUUGCAAGAAAAAUACUGAAAGGGAUACCAGCAUUUUGAAUGAUUCUCAAUCGAAUAACUUUCCAAAUUUAUCAAGUGUACAUUCAAGUUACAUAAGCCGAAGUUCAAGCAUAAACUGUGAACUUCGAGAUUUCAGCCAAAAUCCACAAACAAGCAACAGUCAGCCUUCCGUGAAAAAUGACUCACUAUCUCAAAGAGAUAUCCUGGGCCACACCUCUAGAAUUAGUCAUUAUUCAACGAAAAUUCCAGCAAGUACAUCAAACAGACAUAGCUGUCAUGCUUACGAUACAGUACCACUAGACAAACUGGAGUGUUUAAAACUGAUUCCUUCAGUUCAGAUGUUGAAUAAACCCUCAGAAACAAGAUCUAUAUCUUCCAAAACAACAACAGUCAAAUCUCCUAGAUGCGUUUCGCAUGAAUUUAAAGUGGUGGACGGCGUUCCAAAAUCGCAGUCACAUUCUUCUGGAUACAAUUAUAAAGCAAAUGGGGUUGACAUCUACAAAACUGAAAAACAUACAGAUAAUGCAUCGACUAUUUCAUCAUCAAUAAUUAAGGGAUUACUACCGAAUAACAAUCAGCUAUCUGAAAAGUCUUCAGUGCUACGUUUUGAAUCUAGUCGUUCACUAGAGGUUUCAAGUCCCAAUUAUGAUUCUCCAUCAUCUUCUAAAAGCUGUAACAUUGUUUUAAAUUUACGUAAACCAGUUAAAACGCCAAAAGCUACAGUACAAUCUAUUAAACGGGAGCCUAACCAAAAAACCACUAGCUCAGAACUGCCAAUACAUGCGAAAUUUCAGGAAACAUGCAAAUCGAGCACACCGAUUACUCUCAGAUCAAGCGAAGAUCAAGUGAAAAACCACUGCGAACUAAAUAACCAGUCGACUUCGUUGUCAAAGCAAAAAGUUAAAUCAAAAAGGAAAACGUAUCAGUCAUCAUGCAGACAAACAACAGAAUCCACUCAGCAAUCAUAUAAUGGUCAACAUUUGAACGCAUCUAUUAGUACUGGAUCUCUCAGAAAGUCUGCACCUGCACAAUCUAGUAAAAGUAAAGACGAGUUAUCUACUGGCGGUUCGUCUUCUGUAGACAUUGGAUGGGUGGGGUCUAUCACGUUGAGAAGACAUGAUAAACCAGAAUUGGAAAAUGAACAACACAGAGAUGUUUCUCUUCGGAUUUCAAUACAGGAAGUUAAAAAUUUGUCUGCCAAAGGACGAUACUUUUGUGAAAUAUGCUUGGAUCGUAUACUUUAUGCACGCACCACAAGUAAACUCUCAGAUGGUACAGUAUUCUGGGGUGAACAGUUUGAUUUAAAUAAUCUACCUCCAAUAUCUAUUAUGACGAUCAAUUUGUUCAGACAAGGAAGUUCUUUCAAGGACAAACGACAGAGAAGUAAAAGCCAAAAUCAAUUUAUCGCCUAUGUCACUAUUCCACUCAAUGAUCAAUCAAAACAAUGCGAAGUACAACAAUGGUUCACAAUGCAACCUCCACAACUCGGUCCAAAUUUAAAUUAUCUCGAAAGCCUACAAGGUAGUCAGCAGCAUCAACUACAAGAACAAAAUGACGCGAAUCAAUCUUCACUAAUGAAUUCAGUUAGCGGACGAUCUGGACGCUUUAGAAAACAUUCUACUCCAGCUACAUGUUUUGGUUAUUCCAGUGCAUUUUCAGGAAUAAAUAACUCACAGAAUUCAAAUAACAAACCAACUUAUGAUGAAGUAAAGUAUACUCCUAUUGAACAGUCGAAGAAGAAAACUUCAUGGACAGCUGGUAUUAGUACAGAUAUAAAUAUGAAUAAAAAUAAUAAAUGUAGUCCUAAAUCGUCACUUAUUACAAAUAAUACUCCAUGUCAUUCACCAAACAGCAAUUCAAGUACGACAAAUUUUAUUCUACCUGAAAAUUCUUUACCUCAAAUAAGAAUGAAAAUUCAUUAUGAAGUUGUUGACAUUCUACCUAUUGUAUGUUAUGAUGCGCUAAAAGAGUUCAUUAAAACAAAAUAUUUGGAUUUAAUCAAGAGUUUAGAAGUAAAAUUAUCUGCUAAACAAAAAGAAGAAUUAGCUAGUUGUCUUGUGAAUAUUUUUGAAAAGUCAUCAGACCUGUCGGUAGCUGAGUUGCUGACAGAAUUGCUGCGUGAAGAUAUAAAUAACAAUGGCAAUGGAUCAAUGAUAUUUCGCGCCAAUUCUACUGGAUCAAAAGCAAUGGAGUGUUACAUUAAACUGGUUGGAUCUGAUUACUUGAAGUACCUUUUGAGUUCAACAAUCGAUCAGCUACUUGUCAUUGAAGAUGAAUUCGAAGUAGAUCCUUCAAGAGUGGGAAACACGAAUGAUACAUCAAAUUCAUCAAAUAACCGCAGUCCAUUACACACGAUAUUAGAAAGAAAUCGCGCGGCCUUAUUGAAAUAUGUUGCUGUGAUAUGGCGAAGGAUUCAGACCAGUCAAUGUAAAAUACCUAGAGAAUUACGUGAAGUCUUUAUUGCAUUAGCAGCUGCUGUCGAAGAAACCCAUGGAGUUCAGUCAGCUGCACAUCUUAUUUCAAGCUGUUUAUUUCUGCGUUUCAUAUGUCCAGCUAUUCACGGUCCAGUUCUAUUCGGUUUAACUUCAUCAAUACCAGAAGAUAAUCGUAUACCUAGAAAUUUAACAUUAAUAGCUAAAGUUCUGCAGAAUUUAGCUAAUUUAACCUUGUUUGAAGAUAAAGAGCCUCAUAUGAAAUCUCUGAAUUCAUUUGUUGAACAAGAAAUCCCGGUCAUGUAUAAAUUCCUUCGAUCAAUUUCAACAACUGACGAUUCAAGUUACCAGUCGUCUCCUGCUACUAACUGUCAUGAAUUUAUUGAAUUAGGAUAUGAAUUUGCCAAACUUACCCAAUUACUUAACGUUCAUGUAAAUAAAAUUAGUAUCACUCCUAGAAUUGCAGAAUUGCCAAGUCUUUUACAAGAUAUAACAGACGCAUUAAACAAUCAUGUUUUAAUAUCAUGGACUCAUAAGAGAAUGUGUAAUUGUGAAAAAUUCACAAAUAAUCUACAAAAUUCAAUGGCCUGUCGGUGUGGAAUGCCAAGACACCAUAGCUUUGAUGUACAAAAUUCUAUUUCAACUGCAGGUAGUAGAAGACAAUCCGAAACGAUCACAACUAACCCACCUGUGACUAAUGUGUAUGAAGUAAACAGAAAAGAAUUACCCGCCAAUAUGAAAACAGUCCAAAAUCAACAAAUCAGAUACACUACCAACAAUGAAGAUUCAAACAUUUCAUCGAUUAAUGGUAACAAUGAAGGUGGACGAACUUCAGCUACAAAAGAAGAAGAUUCAUGGAGUUCCUCAGUUACUCAAAAAGACUAUUUACCACGUAAAUUUAGUUCUGCUGAUGUGAAAUUUAAACGAAUAAAUGUAAAUACUCCUGAAAAUUCGGAAAACAUGGAAGAGCUAAUGAGUCAGUAUCGUGAGCAAUUACGUCAAUUAAAUGAGUGUAUUGAAAAAGUUCAGCCAAACUCUUAUCAUUCUGUCUCAAAUAUUUCGCGUAAUUUAAGUCAAUCAACACAAUCUGUACAUAAGACAAAGUAUCAUCCUUCAGAAAGAGAGAUGAUUACGUAUAAUCCUUACACGCCAACCGUUAAUGGUUCAACAAUCAAAAAUCAUUUAGCUGAUGACAGAAUUGAAAAGGAUUUUUUUAAACAAAAUGUGAAUGAACGCGGUCAUCAUUAUCAUCACACGAGAAAAAAGAUAACUGAUUCGAAAUCAGAUAAUUCUACACCGAUAUCAACAGGUCGUAUGUUGGGCAAUACCUAUCGUCUGCAUGAAAGGUCAAAUAAUCUAAUGAAUGUUAAUUCACUACUUAAUAAUAAUAAUACUAAUAACAAUAAUACUAGUGAAGAUGAUAUUAAUGGAAUGUUGAUACCAAUCAAUACGACAUCCAUUAAUACAGAUCAAACAAGCACAAGUGACAGUGACUAUAAUUACAAUGAUGAUGAUCGGAUAACAGAUUGUAGUACGGGGAAUACAAGUGAAUGCAAAAGAAAAGUCACUCCAAAGAAAAAUACAGCAAGGAAAAUUUCUAGCAAAAGACAGACUCAUCUGUCUGAAUCACCAAGUUUAGAUCAGUUGGCUGAAAGAUUGCAAGAAUUGAAAAAAAUGCUUCAACUAGAACGUCAAGAAAUUGAAGAAGUAGUAGCCUCUAAAACUGAAGUAAUAAAACAGCAAGAAAAAUCAAUUGAACAAUUAGAAUCAGAACUUGAUCAAUUGCGUCGAGAAUGUCGACCAUCAAAAGUGAAGCCACCCAAUGGUAAGCGUACUAGUAAGUCGACAUCGCGUACAGUAAGUCCAUCUUCUUCCUUCUCAUCAGAAUGCUAUACAUCUAAUUUAUCCGAUUUAAAUCAAACUUGUCAUGGCUAUUAUCAUCAUCAACAUCAUCAAAAUAUGAAUACUGUUACCAGUAAUAAUUUUAGUAAUGACAAUAACUGUAAUGAUAUUCAUAUUGACGACAGUCAUCAUAACAAUAAUAAUUCAGUGGAUGCGAUGAGUACUACUUAUCACAGCAAUCAAGGCUUGAAUACUAUUGGUUGUAGUGAGGCAGCCAGUAUGGAAAAUUAUCGUACACAAAGUUUUCGUGAGAAGUUACCUUGGCAUGGACAAAUAAAUAAUCGAGAAACACCGGUUAGAUGUGAUUCAAAUUUACUCUACCUAUCAAGAGGCAAUGAAGGAGCAAGUAUGUCAUUAGGACAUUUAAUUGAAGCAGAUCGUUCAAUACAGAUGAAACGUCAUAUUUCUGAAACUAAAAUGCUACCUCACUAA